AUGCGGCGUUUAGCUGUCCUCGGUGCUGGUUUAAUGGGGGCUGGUAUUGCUCAAGUCAGCGCUCAGUGCGGAAUCGAUACUGUUAUGAAAGAUGUCAGUCAAGCUGGGCUAUCGCGCGGGUUGCACCAGAUUCAAAACAACCUUCUAGGUUUGGUUAAACGAAAGAGACUUAGUUCUUUCGAAAAGGACAGGAUAAUUUCUCGAAUUCUACCAACCACGGACUUGGAAGAUUUGAAAGAUUGUGACAUCGUAGUAGAAGCUAUAUUCGAAGAUCUCGCUCUCAAACACAAGGUGGUGAAAGAGACGGAGACCAUUUUAUCUCCUCAUGCCAUCUUCGCUAGCAAUACCUCGGCUCUUCCCAUUAAAGAGGUUGCAAAGGCCAGUUCAAGGCCUAAUAAGUUUGUCGGCAUGCAUUAUUUCUCACCCGUGGAUAAGAUGGAACUACUGGAAAUUGUUGUGACGGAUCAGACCUCUACUGAUACCAUUGCCACUGCAAUUGACCUCGGCCUUCGUCAGGGCAAGGUGUUAAUUGUAGUUCGUGACGGCCCCGGCUUUUACACCACUCGAAUCCUUGCACCGGUUCUAGCCGAGGCUAUUCAGAUUCUCCAAGAGGGUUUGUCUCCAUCUAACUUAGAUGAUAUUUCGCGUCAAUUUGGUUGGCCUGUAGGCUUGGCCACGCUGGCUGACGAGGUGGGCUUGGAUGUAGCCGCGCAUGUCGCUGAGGAUCUUAGCAAGGCUCUCGGUCCACGUAUGAAGGUUAGAAAUAACUUGAAUGAUGGCUAUAAUAUGAACAGUGUCUGCAGUCACUUCGAUAUCCUGGUUUUUACUCCAGUUUAA